AUGGACGUUAGGAGGAAAGUUACAAUUGCUAUUUCCGAAAGUCAAAAGCUUUUACAAAAUGUCAGGUGUUUAAGAGGUGUGGAUGAUGAUGAUGAAGAAGUAUUGAACGCAGUGAGACUUAUGAUGACGUUACUUUGUUCGAAAUUAAGGGAAACGAAGGAAAAACCGGUUCGGGCUUUAGGUUAUGUAGAUGAAACUGUGCCGAGAAUGACUUCAAAUCAGUUUCGGGAGCAUUUCAGAAUGGUGCCUGAAGUAUUUGAAGGCCUAGAAAAUUUGUUGGGUCCCAUUCUGGUAAAACAGGACAAUUUGGGACGUUCUACCAUACCCGUUCGCAAGCAAAUUCUGUGUACACUGUGGCUAUUGGCCACCCCAGACUCUUACAGGUCUGUUGGGGACCGUUUUGAUAUGGGAAAGGCCUCUGCUAAUGACUCCUUUAUGCGGGUUGUAAGAAGUCUCUGCAGCAUAUCUGGGCGAGUCAUCAGAUGGCCGCAGGAAAGAGAAAUACCUGGAAUGAAAGCCAAGUUUUUCUCAAUAUCGAGAAUGCCAGAUGUUAUUGGGGCUAUAGACGCUUCUGAUAUUGAGAUCAAAGCUCCUCAGGAAGAACCGCAGGCGUACACCAACAGGAAGAAGAGGGAAGGCAGACCACAUGCAAAUCUGAGAGGAAAUCUCGUGGACCAGGGAAAUGAUGUUGUAGUGGAGAAUGCUGAAGUUGAAAAUGAUGGUGAGGCAAAGAGAAACUACCUUGUAACAAUAGUGCCUAGGCUUCUGAGAGAAUAA